CAUAACACAUGCCGACGCGCUGCACCACUCGUGACAAGCAUAGCAACAUGAUUAUCGACUAUGAUAUGGAUAAACCGUCCCAAAAGUAACUAUACGUGGUAAUUCUGUCGAUUUAUAGUUUACACGUAUUUACACUGCAAAGAGAAGACGACGGGUGCCCAGACUUUCUGACAUCCAUCUCUCUCCACCACACUUUGGGUUCAUCUCUUCGUCCUUCCACCCCUCCAUCUGCCUGUUCUCCAAAUAUGUGACGUGCUGUAGAUGGCUGAGGAGCUGUGUACCGGCUGGUUUCGCAUUGUUGCAGGCUCUUUGGAGAUAGAGGAAUGCAAAUCUGCAGUCAUGAUGGAAGGAUUGAAAAAACGUACCAGGAAGGCCUUCGGGAUACGGAAGAAAGAAAAGGGAGACAAGGAUAAUGACUCAACGGGGUCCCCUGACAGAGAAGGGGCUGAUCCUCAAGAGAUUGAAUCGUCACAGAAGAAGGCCAAUGGUGCAGCAGUCAAUGGGUUCUCCGGAGAAAUCGACUGGGACAGAUAUAACGCCCCACCAGUGGACGAUGAAGGUUACAGUCUUCGGCCCGAUGAGGAAGAGGGGCCAGGGUCAGCUGGCCCCAAACCUCCCAAGGAACACUUCUUCUCCUCCAGUGAGUCAGAAGGAGAGGAGGACCACCGGAAAAAGUUUAAGAUCAAGAUCAAACCGCUACCAGCAGAGAGUGCCUGUUUGGCCCCAUCGGUAGAUGAGCUCAAGGCCUCCAUAGGCAACAUAGCUCUCUCUCCCUCUCCUCUGAGGAGUAGUCCGAGACGUAGCCCGGGCUUGAUGACAAAGGACUCCAGUGAAGAAAUCCAGGUAGCUCGGCCCAGACGUCCGGCACCCAUUGAGGUUCCCACGUUAGCAGCUCCAGUGCUACAAGCCUCUAGAAGUAAGAGAGCCCCAACAGCAGCAGUACCAGAGAAAGCAGCUCCAUUGCCAGAGGAUGCUACAGCCUUAUUUGGGCCUCCGCUGGUGACGGCAUUUGGAGAACAGAAAUCUGAAGUGGCUAUGUCAGAGCCAGUGGUGUGUGAUGUCUGGGGCGCUCCUCUACCUGAGUCACAGAGCCCAGACUUCUCUGUCACCAGAACCUUCCCCAGAGGAACCCCGCCUCCGCUUCCGCCCAAGAAUGUACUGACCUCCCCCCCUCCGAAUGACUCCCCCUCUGCAGAUGCCGCUGGUUUGUCAAUAGAGACAGAAGGCUCAGGGAGAAAGACCUCCAUCUCCAACCUGGACACCAUUUUUGGCCCCGCGGAGCCCGCUGCCUUUGGUGAGGAGUCUGCCGACAAGUGGGUCUGCUUCAGCGAGGAUUCAGCGGCCUCUGAAAGACCACCCCCUCCAAAAGACCCGGCCCCGCCCUUGCCAAGGUCUCCACCCCCUCUAGAUGAUCCCCCCGCCCCUCCUGUACCAACCUCCCCACUCCCUCCUGAAGACCCAGUCCCUGCUCCCUCUCUGCCCCCUCUCCCCAUCUCCCCUCCCCCGCAGGUAGAACCCGUCUCUCCCACGCCCCCCUCCCCAACAGAGGAGCCGGUGCCCCCCUUACCAACAGUCCCACCCCCGCCCAAAGCCCCAACGGUCCAACCUUCGCCACCUCCGCCAAAGAGCGUGACACCGCCCCCCACACCCCCUCCCACCGCAGCCGCUCCAGCCCUCAACUCACCCCCCGGCGUCGCCCCUGCUCUCCCAGUCCUCUCACCUCCCACCGUUGCCCUGGUCCCUCCCGCAGUCCCGUCUCCUCCCAAACCGGGCGCGCCCAUCGCCCCCGCCAGUCGCCCCGCCCCCACGGAACUUCCCUCCCCCACCACCCCGCUGCCCCCUGUCUCGCCCCAGGAUGAACAGAGGAGUCCUGAGAUGGCAGCCAAGCCAAAAGAGGACCCAGGUGACACCGCCGGCACGGCCAGAGACGUCGGCCCAGCGUCUCGUGGUGCGCCUCCCCCACCUCCACCCCCAACUUACAGGGCAGUGGUGUCCUCGCCUGGACCCACGACCGCAGGCUCAGGGAGUGGCGCGUCCUCUCCAGUCCGACCCGCUACACCAUUGGCUCCAUCAGCUGUUGUCAGCAGCCCCACCCCACCUCCACCUCCACCACGCCCUUCCUCAAGGCCCAAACUGCCUCCUGGGAAACCCAGUGUUGGGGAUGUGAGUCGGCCCUUCAGUCCCCCGGUCAGUCACUCGUCCAGCCCCCCUCCAACUGCUCCCCUGGCCCGGGCUGAGAGCACCUCCUCUAUCUCCUCCAACAACUCCCUGAGUGCUGCCACCACCCCCACCGUCGGUAAAGACCUCACCGUGUCUGUGUCAGAAGAGGAUUAUUUUGUAGACAAACUGCCCACGUUUGGGAGGCCCUUUGAUUCCCUGGCAGAGAAUGACCAGCCUUCCCUGGUUUGGUUUGACAGAGGGAAGUUUUAUUUAACCUUUGAAGGCUGCUCCAGGGGACCCAGCCCUCUCACGAUGGGGGCACAGGACACCCUCCCGGUGGCGGCUGCUUUUACCGAGACGGUCAACGCUUUCUUCAAAGGAGCCGAUCCCAACAAGUGCGUUGUGAAGGUCACGGGCGAGAUGGUGCUGUCGUUUCCGGCAGGGAUCACCCGGCAUUUUGCCAAUAACCCGUCCCCUGCCGUGCUAACCUUCAGCAUAACCAACUACAGCCGUCUGGAACAUGUCCUGCCUAACCCCCAGCUGCUCUGCUGUGACACCAACGUUACAACACCCAACCCUGACUGCAAGACCUUCUGGGUCAACAUGCCCAACCUGAUGACCCAUCUGAAGAAAGUGGCUGAGCAGAAAUCCCAGGCCACCUACUACAACGUGGACAUGCUCAAGUAUCAGGUAUCAGCUCAGGGCCUGACGUCAACCCCCCUGAACCUAGCAGCCAGCUGGCGUUGUGAACCCACUAGCACGGACCUCAGGAUAGACUACAAAUACAACGGAGACGCCAUGACGACGCCCGUGGCGCUCAACAACGUCCAGUUCCUGAUCCCUGUGGACGGAGGUGUCAGUAAACUGCAGGCUGUGUUGCCCCCCGCCGCCUGGAAUGCUGAGCAGAAAAGAAUCCUGUGGAAGAUUCCUGAUAUUUCCCAGAAAUCUGAAAAUGGAGGUGUGGGCUCAUUGCUGGCCCGUUUCCAGCUGUUGGAGGGUCCCAGUAAGCCCUCCCCCCUGGCUGUCCAGUUCACCAGCGAGGGCAGCACUUUGUCUGGCUGUGACAUAGAGCUGGCCGGGCCCGGGUACCGCUUCUCACUAAUCAAGAAGAGGUUUGCUGCAGGGAAAUACUUGGCAGAUAACUGAUCUGAACUCCACACUACUGCUGAACAACACUACUGAACAAAUACACUGAAGAUAAUCAUCUCAAUGGACAUAUACAGAGUAAUGAAAACCUAUACUCAACUUAUACAGAGGACAGGACCUACAGACCUACAACACAUCACCUGUUGACAGACAGACGGACGGGCCCAGGUCUCAAAGCCUACUGUAUCCAGCAGUAUUGCAUAACUUGCAUAUAGCAUUGUGGACUGUUUUAAGGUGUAAUUAUUGUAUUUGUAAAAUGUAUUUCGGAACAUCUGUAUUGAAGCAGUUCUAGACUCCCACCCUGGGUUCACAAGGCUCCGUCUCUCUCUCCCCUCUCCGACAUAUGGUGUUGUGUUAAUCCCCUUAAAGCCGCUGCAUCUGCCUAGCUACUGAACCGUACCGCAACCACAAACCAAGCUUUCAACCGCCAACAAAACCAGGUCUGUAUUUGUGUUUGUCACGUCAGCAGUUAUGUUACACCAAGAGAGGAAGAGGAUGCAUGUUAAAGAAGACAAUUGAGAUAUACAGAAGACAUGACACCACACGGUCUGUUGAAAGAACUGGAGACGGUGUCUAAAUUCAUUGAGUGUCGCUAUCAAUGUAAUCCGAUUCAAAAUUACCUCAGCCUUUUUGCAAUGGCUGCCAGGCGAUUCACUGAGCCCUUAAGAACAUCCACAAUAGCCCAGUGCACGCAGUGAUGACGUCAUCCGAAAACAUGGCAGACAUUGGUUGAAUAUACAGUUUACAAUAUUCAGCUCUGAAUUAUUGGGAUAAAGAAUCAGCCUCAGCAACAACUAUUUGAAUAAGUGAGUGGAUGUUCAGUGUACAAAAGCUAAUAGCUGGUAGGGGAGCAUUCAGUGGAAAUUGUUGUCGUCAAGAUCACAGCUGAACUGCAGUUCUAAAAAUGCCCUCUUGGUAGAGUGAUAAGCCUGCUUCCUUACUGGAAUAGUGGCCGCUUGAGCCUUGCUCCAGUCACUACUUUUCCUCAUGUUGCUUCGUGCACGCCUGUGAUUUGACACAGCACUACCAUAGGCAUAUGGGUAAUGGAAUCUUAUGCUGUUGGCAUUCAUCGUUUAUUUGUUAGCUUACACAGUAGCACAACAGGGGUAAAGGGCGUUGUUCAUUUGGCUGAUGACGAUCACCACCACGGUCUCUUUAGAAUGCAGUGAUUACCGGUUCGGACAUUAACUCUGUUAUGUUUAUGGCCAAUUUGAUAUACAUAUUAAGUUCUGAGUAGUUAGGCAGCUGCAACAAUAAAUCAGUUCCUGGUUGUAAUAUACAAAAAAAAUAUGUUUCCCUUAAGAAAAAACCUGUACAGUGUCAUUUUAAAUUGAUAAUAUAUAUCUUAAAGGGCGAUUGGUGUUUUCCUUGUAUUGUCAAAUAGUCUUUCUGUUGAUCCUGAGACAGCAGUUGUAGACCGACUUCAGAGUACAUUACAGCAUUCUAUUUUUAUUUAUUGAUGAGGAUUUGUUGUAAAAAGUAUGUGAUUCUGUAUAUGAAUAGAAUUUGAAUGGUAAUACAAUUUAGAUUCCUUAAAGGUAUACAUAUUUUAAUUAUCUGUUUUGUUAUUUGUGUAGUUGGCUGACCUGUGUACAAUAUAAGGUAUCAAUUUUUUUUUUAUUUCAGAUAUAAUUUUUUAACUCAAGUGCAACAGAAGAUUUGAGCUAUAUAUGGGUAUUGGGUGGGAGGGGGUUAAAAUACAAAACUGAGAUGAAUAUCUGCCUGGAUUUGUACAUCAAGCUGUAUGAAAGCGGUGUUAUUUAGAGCUAUGCCUAUAGUUUAAAAAACAUGGAUCAUCAGUCAGCUCUUGAUCAUUGUACACCCUAUUUACAUUCACAUUAAUGUGUUUCUAUCUACCUGAGACCCACUGAGUGCAUAUAAUUCUGCAUCAAACAGCAUGAAGACUCCCCUUCGUAUCAAACCAUCCAGCGCUUGAAUCCAUGGCUUUAUUUUGCUUAAUGGUAAUGGUCUCUGUGAGAUGACAUGGUGACAAGACUUUGGAGGGAAGUUAGAUGACCAAAUAGCUUUUUGUAUUUUAAUGUGUCUGAGAGAAAUAAGCUAAAUAUUUUUAAAACUGACAAAAAAAUCUUAAAAUAAAUAUUGUUUCAUGUGAACAACACUGUGCUGAUAAUGUUAACUUCCUGAAUGCUCUGAUAUUCAACAUAGAGAACAAAAUGUGUGUAACAACGUUCAACUUAAGGUCUCCUUGUGUAGGCAUCGUAAGCAUGUCAACAUAAAGUGUGCUUCUUGAAGCUACAUGGCACCGUGCAUAUGUCUGUCAUGGAACUGCUAUAGGAGUGUUUUAGAGAGUGUCGUACUGGCAUUACAUGUGCAUGUUGUCUGUACACAAAGUUGGCAUUUCUAAGUAAGGCGUGGCUUAAUGGUGCGAUGCAGCCCUGCAUAGCAGUGUUAACACUUCCCUUGAACCUUAUGCCACACCUCCAAUUCUAUGACAGGGAAAGGACAUCUGCAAUGUUAUUACUGUUUGUGAACUGUCCGGCGGCUUACGACACGGGGACGGUUAAGCAUUAAAACACGGAUACUGUUAUGUACGUCUGCGGUUUUUAGAGUGUAGUGCUGAAGUGAAGUGCUCUACCAUCCAUUACAUGUUAACUGUAAGAACUGAAGACCAGAGCAGAGAGUGCCUGUGUGAGGCAGGCUAAGACAAGUAAUGUAAAGACUCACAUUUCUUGUGCUUAGCCAGAAUGCUUUGGUUCUAUAAUGCCCCCCCCCCCCCCCCAAUCAGCCACAUGUGCAAGCUGUAUUUGUACAGACAAUGUUAAGAUGCUCUGACCAAUAAAAGUUACGAGUUGGACUUGUGUGGAGCUAUCUCUUCUCUUUGUAACUCACAACAAACGUGUGUUUUCCACUUCUGGAAUCCUCCACCCAGGGUGUGUUCUGGUGAACAGCGCAACCCAUCCAGAUUGGCUUUAUUUCCAUUGUCUGAGGCAUUACUGGACAUGCAGCCCAUCUGUGAAUGAGCAGCGGCUAAUGAUUGUGCGUUAUGAAGGAUGACAAAGAGACUAGCCUUAUAGUUUAUCUCAGUGUACCCCUGUGUGUUGAACAUAAUAUAUAUUCAUAUGGAUAUUUGUUAUAUAAUUCAUUUGUUCCCUAAUGCAAAGGAUACUGAAUAUGCAAAAUUGUUUAAUGUAAUGCACCCGAACAAAUGGCAUUUCAAAAAGUAUGCAAGAUGGCCCCACUAUGUUAUCAAGAUGUUCAUUGUCCAUUUUUUGGAAAUAAAGUAGGCGGGUCAAUAAUGUU